AUGACCGAUUCCAAGGAUGAUCAAACCGACAAGGCUCACCACGAUCCGCAAUGGAUUUCCUGGAAUGGGGGAUUUCUACAUUCCAAUAAUGUCCUCUUCUAUUUUGCAACCUCUCCUUUCUUCGACCAGGUCUCUGGUAAUCAGUCACUACUAACACAGUGGGUGGGUACUCCCAAUCAGAAUGAUAUACUGGGGACGCGCCAGAAGUUCGAAUCUCAUCUUCGUCAUCAACGCGGGACUCAGUAUGUUGUGGAGCACGAUCCUCUUGAAGCUAAGGUCUUCAUAGAUGGAGCAAACGGACGUGAGCCGUCCAACGUAUGGGUUAUCCGCAAGCAGCAUCGAGAGAAUGAAAGUGAUAGCGGGGUGACGCCACUUGGAUACUACUACAUCGUCAAUGAUGUGAUAUAUCAAGCCCCUCCAAUUGCAAGCGUGCUUGAUUACCGGAUGCUGAACACCGUGUCGGCAUUAUCCAAAGUCUUUUCGACUUCGUCAGAUCUUUCGAUUUUCUCCGUGUCUCAUGGCCACACAUAUCACAAACCUGUACAGAAGUCAACAACACAUGCACCAUCUUCAACUUCUCAGCAGAGCAAAGAUGACACGCUUGUAUCAGCAACUCAAAGCUCGACGGGUGAUAAAUCUGCUACGACCUUGUCACAGCCUCAACCAUCAGAUGAUUUUGAUAGCAGUGCUCGAACACUCCGGGAGGCACUGCGAAUGACUUUACAGUAUGGCAAAGAAUACAUGGACGAUGUGCCGUUGGUGGGCGAGCCUGGGAACUUUCGGUGGACUAAGGCCAGAGAUGGGUCGAACAGCCAAUCUAAGAGCCAGACGUCGGGUGCAGUUUCAGUCCCACCAGGGCAGUCUCGAGCGCCCUCAGCUGCUCCAACAACUACUGCUGUUGUUCCUAGUACUGUGAACGCUUCCAAGGAUGCAAUGGGUGGCGACAAGAAGGGAGGCUCUUCUAAUCGUGUCAAGCCGAAGAGGAGAAAGAGCAAGGCAGGCGAUGUUAGCCCUUGA